GCGCUUGCGCGGCUUCCCCUCCCCCCUUCCUCUUGAGCAGUGUCCGCCAUGGGUCACCAACAGCUUUACUGGUCCCACCCCAGGAAAUUCGGCCAGGGCUCCCGCUCAUGCCGAGUGUGUGCGAACCGCCACGGCCUGAUCCGGAAAUACGGCCUCAACAUGUGCCGCCAGUGCUUCAGGCAGUACGCCAAAGACAUCGGCUUCGUCAAGUUGGACUAAAUUACAAAAGGAGCAAGAGUGCAUUCUAAUACAUGGCGAAUUGGGAAUCUCAACAUGUUGAAGGACUUGUACUGCUUUCAGCUCGAAGAAGCUAAUUUUUGUGAUGCUCCAUUUUUGUAAAUAAAAUUAAUUUGCCAGAUGUGCUUCCUUA